AUGAACUUCAGACUCUCAUCGUUGAUUCUGCUGCUGCUCAUUCCAGGCCCUGCAGCACUGGAUCAGCUCUCUGUGACCUGUGAAAAGAGUAUUUGUGCUGCGAAGGGGUCAGAAGUGACACUGAGCUGCUCUUACUUCAACAUCGAAAUCAAAACUGGGUUCUGGUUCAGCGAGAAACAAAGUACAAACUGGAGAAAAAAUUACAAACCUGAAGAUUUGACUUUAGACUCAGACUACUCAGGACGGGGGAAGCAGACAGUCACAAACUACCAUUCAACACUCACAAUAUCAGACGUGAGAGAGAGAGACUCUGGAGAAUAUCAGCUCAUGUUCAUCAUGAAGGAUGGAGUUAAACAUCUCAGCUCAGCAGCCGUCAAUCUAACAGUCACAGUCCUGCAGGUGAAGAUGAAUCCUGUAUAUACAGACACGAUAGAUGAGAGAGUAAAACUGACUUGUGCCUCUUCCUGCACCUCUGGAGUUUCUUACCACUGGCUGAAGAACGGUCAGGAUUUAGAUACAGAGUCCCGCGAUAUAAUUGUGUCAAUCAGCCCAAAUGCUGUCAAAUUUUCCUGUUUUUUUCAUCCAGACCGAACAAAUGCCUCCUCUUAUCUGUGUGUUUCUCCAAACGGCUGCUGGGAUGUGACUUACUCCUCUAGAAGAGUCUGUGCUUUGGUUGGCUCAACUGUAGACAUUUCCUGCUCAUACUCACAUCCCUCUAGUGAUACUGUAAAUAAAACAUUCUGGCAUUGCGGUCGGCCUGACGUAAAGGAUCUGCUUGAGGAGCAUCAGUUUGCUGGUCGUGUGGAGUAUGUGGGGAACAAACUGAGAAUCAAAGAGCUCAAGAGCAGCGACUCUGGAGAAUAUCGAUUCAAGUUCAUCACUGACUCAGACCAAUACUCAGGAUCACCUGGAGUCACUCUUACUGUUACAGAUACACAAGUGACAAGGAGCCGGUCCACUGUCUCAGGAGAUGAAAAGGUGAUAUUAAACUGUUUAACUAAAUGCACUCUGAACAACAAGCCUACUUACAUCUGGUACAAGAACGGACAACAGGUAACAGAUGGAUUCACUAAAGUCAACAAGCUGUACCUGGACUCAGUCACCAAUGAAGAGCUUCAACAGUAUUCCUGUGCUGUAGGAGAUUCAGUGAACAGCACAGCGUUUAGCCAUUAUACAGUCACUCUGCUGGUGUUUUUACCUCAGUUUCUCACAAUAGCAGCUCUGUGGGUGGGGUAUUUCAUCAAAAUCUCCUUUCAUAACCAAACUGAAAACAAAAAUGAAGAGGUGAGAAAUCAUUGAUAUACAGAAUCUGCAAUAGUAUUUGAAAUGCAUUGCUACAAAAAUGAUUCUAAAUAUGUUUUAUAAUCUUCUUUUUGUCUCAUAUUCUGAUGUUCCAGAUGACUUAAUCUACAGCUGCUGAUUGUCAAUCAGAGCUGCUGGAGUGAUGUCAUUGUGUUCUUUCAGUGACAUCAUCACCCAGCAACAGUCAGAAGUAACAUUCCAGUGAUGUCAUA